GGAACAGUUCCAUUGAGCCUGAAAAACUUGUUGCUUCUGUCUCAACUGAUGCUACAAGGCAAUCAAUUCAGUGGCGGGAUCCCAGAUUUCUUGUCAGGAUUUGAGAUGUUGCUCGAAUUGCAGCUUGGUGCUAAUAACUUCAAGCGCAUGAUUCCUUCAUCAUUGGGCAGAGUAAGCAGUCUUCAAAUAGCUUUAAACCUUAGCAGUAACGGACUAACUGGCCAGAUUCCUUCGGAGUUUGCAAAUCUGAAUAGACUACAGACCCUUGAUGUCUCUAACAAUAAUCUGACCGGAGAACUAACUUCAUUGCGUGAUCUUAGUUCAUUGCUCCAGGUGAAUGUUUCAUAUAAUCAGUUCACUGGUUCUUUGCCGAAAAAUUUGUUAAACUUGUUGGUUUCCUUUCCAAGCUCAUUUACGGGCAAUGCAGGCCUUUGUUGUCCGGAAGGUGAAUUUUCUUGCUUGAAGAAUAGCAGUCUUACAUUAUGUGGUGGAAGCAGGAUAAGAAAAGAUCUCAGUACGAUUGCCAUUGUGCUGAUUAGUCUUGGUUCGUUCUUUUUCUGCAUGUUACUGUUCCUUGGAUGUGGUUGUAUUCUCCUUGGACGUAGGGAGAGUUACCGAGGGAAGGCCAUCCCACUGAAAAAUUUGAAUGAGAAGUACAUUUUGGGAAAUGGAGCUCAUGGAACUGUUUACAAAGCUUUGCUGAGUCCGAAUGAAGUCUAUGCUGUGAAGAAACUUGUUUCUACUCAGAAAGGAUCCAAUGUGAGCAUGGUCAGAGAAAUCCAAACAGUUGGUAAGAUCAGGCAUAGAAAUCUUGUGAGAUUGGUGGACUUUUGGCUGAAAAAUGACUAUGGAUUGAUUCUCUACGAAUAUAUGGAAAAUGGAAGUCUUCAUGAUGUUUUACAUGAGAUAAAGCCUCCGCCAGUUUUGGAAUGGAAUGCGCGCUACAAGAUAGCUCUUGGAAUUGCUCAAGGCCUUGCCUAUCUCCACGAUGACUGCAACCCGGCUAUUAUUCACCGUGACAUCAAACCGAAGAACAUUCUUUUAGACUCUAACAUGGAACCUCAUAUCUCUGAUUUCGGAAUUGCCAAGCUCAUGGAUCAAAUUUCAGCAUCUCCUCAGUCCUCGGCAAUCAUGGGUACCAUUGGCUAUAUGUCACCUGAAACUGCAUUUACAACUAGAAGAAACAAGGAGUCUGACAUGUAUAGCUAUGGGGUGGUUCUACUUGAAUUGAUAACAAGGAAGAUGGCUUUGGAUCCAUCUUUUCCGGAUAACAUGAACAUUGUAAAUUGGGCACUUUCAACUUUGAAUGGUACUGAUGAUGUUAAUAUUAUUAUUGAUCCAAGUAUCAGGCAUGAAAUUAUCGGUUCUGUAGAGUUGGAAAUGAGACGAGUACUCAAGUUGGCCUUACAAUGUACAGCCAGUGAGGCGAGUGACAGGCCUUCGAUGAGGAGUGUUGUUGCACAGCUAACAGACUUGAGAUCCAGUGUUGCUAGAUUUGGAAAGGACAUCAAAUGAGCAUCACUGACCUUUUUGUAGUCAUCAGUGCUGAAUCGGUUUCUUGAAGAAGUAUGUAAUGAGACUGAUCCACAUUGUACAAUGUCGGUUGUUUUCCGAUUUCCUCUGACAAAAGAAAUGGUCUAUGUAUUCCAUUCUCGGUUUCAACAUCUACUUCAUUUCCUGAAAGUCAGCUUAUUUUGGGAAAGUGAAGUCUUUGGGAGGACUUGGGAGUCUUUUAGGAAAUAAGGAUUCUUUCUAUACUAUUGUUUGACUAUAUGCUCAAAUCUAACACUUAGAAAAAGGAAGUUGUUCAAACAUUCAAAAGUGAGGCAUGUAUAAUGAAAUCUGAUGAGUUUCCAAAGAUAACAAAAACAUUAUUAAAAGAGGGCAUGUG